AUGGGAGGAGUUCAAGGGGUGGGUGGCGUGAACGGGCAGGUACCGCAGCAAAUGGCCCCCCAGCAAGGGAUAAUGAGUCAGGGGAUGGGUCAAGGGAUGGGUCAAGGGAUGGGUCAAGGCAUGGGGCAGGGCAUGGGGCAGGGCAUGGGAGGGGUGGGGGUCGGGGUGGGGCAUGGGAACGUCCAGGGAGCAGGCAUGAUGGGAGGUGGUGCUAUGUCCACAAUGAGCAUGGGAGACUAUUCAUUGGAAGAUGUCCUCGGGCCGUUCCCGUGUGUAAGGCUGCGUGGCUUGCCCUUCGAGGCCACCAUCGACGACGUCCUCCGCUUCUUCCAGGGGCUUGUGCCCUUAGACGUGGUUAUGGUAACCAGAGCGGACGGUAGGGGGGCGGGGGAGGCGAUCGUCGUGCUGCCGAACCUGAUGGAGAUGCAGAUGGCGCUCUCCAGGGACAAGCAGCACAUGGGCCGCAGGUACAUCGAGAUCUUCCAGUCCAAGCGCAUGGACUACUACUCGGCCGUGGUCGGACAGCUGCAGUCGCAGAACAUGGGCGGCAUGCAGAGGCAGGGAGGCGGGGGCAUGGGCCACGGGUCAAUGGGGGGAGGGGGCGCGGGGGGUCUCGGCCCCGACGGCAUGGCCAUGCCCGUGGUCCACACGGGGGUGAUCCGUAUGCGAGGUCUCCCUUUCUCGGCUACAAAGCAAGACGUCCUCAACUUUUUCCAAGGGAUGCCGGUCACGGAAGACACGAUCCAGUUCGUGGUACGCGGUGAUGGCAGGGUUACCGGAGAAGCUUUCGUGUCUUUCAGCUCUCCUGCGGAAUCGGAGGCCGCCAUGUCUAGGAACGGGAACCACAUGGGCACCCGCUACGUGGAGCUGUUCGCUUCCACCCCGGAGGAGAUCGUGCGGCACAUGAACAGGACCUAA